AUGUCGCAGAUGCUGCCGCCCGAGCCGCCGCAGGCAGAGUGGAGUCGCAUCGCGGCGGCUGCAGCCCGAACGAGGAAUGCGUCCUUGACUGGCCGCCUCGACGAGUUCCUUGCCCAGUACGCGAACUUCUUGCAGGCGCAGCUCGCGUACUUGUUAUUUCAAGGGGACCAAUGCCCGAUCAUGUACUGCAGCCGCGAUGACGACUGGUGGGCGUGGGAUCAGACGAGAGCCAAUUCGAUCUUCCAGGCGAGGUCCCCCCCCGUGCUUCAGGAGGUUGCCGGGCGCUGUCGCGCAGAGAAAUGUUUCGGGGAGGGCGAGGGUGGCAGCCCCCACCCCAAGCAGCAGUUUCUGGACAAGACGGCGGCGGCGCUGGAGUGCCAGCAAGGCAUGGAGAAGAUCAUCCGAGAAUCUGCCAUGCUGUUCGACGGAGAGGCCGCGUUCGACUUGGACCCGUUUCUAUUUCAGCUCAGCAAUUGCGCAAUUGACCUCCGCUCGAACUCAGACCUCGUGGAAUCCGAGUCGGCCAACGAUCGCCAGAGGUCAGGGUCGAUCUUGUGGUCGCUGCACAAGCGCGGGGGCGACCGUCGCCCCGACGAUUGCGCCGAGCAGCUCGGGGACGCGGGCGCUGAGAAUUUCCAGCAUAUGAUGCAUUUGCAGGCUCGGCUCUUCGCAGGCGCUCCGCUAUGCAAGUGCGUGCUGCUGUGGAAUAGGCGGGGCCGGAAUGGCAAGGGGAUCUGCGAAGAGCGCGACCGCUUGCUGCCGAUGCACAUGCCGAACAAGUUGUGCGACUCCUUCGGCGCCCCCACGCCCCCGCGCCCCUUCCUCAAGGACAACGGUUUCGAGGCGGAGAUUGGCAGGUCAUCCGCGCCUUCGAGCGGGGGCCUCUCGCUGCGCGAGCAGGCAGCGACAGGGGCGAAGACCGCGGCGCACUGGCUCGAGGCGCGGAUGGCCGAGUGGGGCAGGGUGGACGGCGACGGCGCUCACGAGGGCGAGGCGAACGUGGAGUCAUUCGCUCUCGCCCUCCUGCAGUGCCAGUCACGCGAGCAGAGAAUGCGGGCGCGCGUGGCCUUGCCCCCCUUCGACGCGUCGCUGUACAACCAGCUAUUCGCGGACGCUGCCACGUUCGGCGACCUCGCGGAGUACGCGUACAACGUCUCUUUCGACGCUUGCGCCCCCGUCGAGGACGCGCUCGCCAAGCCCGCCGAAGCCGAAGUGCCGAGCAGACGCUGCCGCUGCGCUGUUUGCGAGGCAGCCAGCUUGACCGCGCUGCGGGCCCGGCGCGACUCGGGGGCCGCCGUCGCGGGCGAGCGUCGCCAGGAGGGGCUGUCUGCGCACAUGGAUCUCCUGGGCCAGGCGGGCAAGGCCCGCGCCAUGAAGGACGGCUUCCUCCGCCCGACCUCCGUGCCAGAGUGCCCAGACAUCCCCGCCCAUGGCCGCGAGUACUGUCAGCUCAGCAAGAUCGGCCGCGCGCGCGAGUCAGGCCCAGGGCUUCCGUCUUGCACCAGGGCGACGCGAGUCGUCGCGUUCGACGGCCUGGCGGUGGGUGAGUUCGACAUGAUUGCGGGUUCUACCAGAUAUUCCUGGAGGCGCUGCGUCCGCACGUUCCGGAUGGCCAAGGAAAUCUUCUCGCGGCUACCGUUCAAGGGGCGCCUUCAGCCCGAUGCAUCCUGGGAGAGCGAUCGCCCCGACGAGAUUCUGCCGUGCUUGAUGGAGUUGAGGGGCGCUUUCAGGCGCGGCCAGGAGAUCCUGGUGGCUCAGUGUGACGAUCGCAAGAAGGCGAGGUUCUGGAAUUCGACGUUGCCGCUGGCCUGCCCGACCGCGCGCGGCUUCGGGGUUCGCUGCUCUCCCGCGGCGAGCCCAGCCGCGGCGGCGGGGGCCACCAGUGGAGCGGGGACUUCCAAGAACCGCACGGUUGCAUCCAUGGAGAAGGUACUGCAGAAGGCGCAUCCAGGGUCCUCGGCGCCCUCGCUGCACCUGCGGACGAUGGGGGGCGACAUCCUCGAGAGCAUGGCUGUUGCUGCCGAGGGACUGCACGCGUGCGUCUUGAGUUUGGUGUUCGACGGCACGUGCGUGGCCACGCCUUCCAUGUCCGACAUCAAGGGGGUGUUCCACGCGGUGGCCGACCACGUCUGGAAGACGCGCAGUGUCCGCAUCGCCUUGAAAGCAGUGGGCGGCGAGACGAUCAAGGCAUUCUCGGCGAAACGCAACCGCCCGUGCGAUGAGGGCGCUGCUGAGGCGGCCCGGCAGAGGAUGCAGGUGUGCCACCUGGCCCAGGAGAUGGAGAAGUCGUCUGCGGGCUGCCUUGCACGCAGGAGGGUCAGCGCGGACGCGAACCGCGCGGCGGGCUGCGCUGCGGUGGCCAGCGGGGCGGCCGAGAGCGGCGGGCAGCUCAUCGCGCAGGAGGAGCAACGCAACAUCGAGCCUGGCACGCAGUGGCCGUCGAUGGCAGGCCGCUGGAACGAGGGCGACGCGGCCGUCUCCGACGCGGCCCACGCCAGCGCAUGA